AUUCUCUAAUAAGCCUGGAAUGGUAAGCACGGUAAUAUUUCAUACACCAACAGGCUUAAGACUAGAGAUUGACACGCCAAAGACAGUAUUCUUUAUUGCAUUCUUGAGUAAACAUGAUCAAAUCGUUGUUUGUUCAACGUAUGAUGACAAUGUUAGAGUUCAAUUAUGGUGUUGUUGGAGUGGAAAAUUGAUUAAAGAAGACGACCAUCCAUACAUUGAUAAAGAUCAACCUCUCGCUUUUGCCGAUGAUCAAUUUGUCCACGCGACUGGAAAUAAAAUUGUAAAAUAUCCUUUGUUUCCUGAUAAAACUGAGAAAAAUUAUCGAAUAACCAUCAAACAAUUAUCUUGUGUACAACAAUGUUCUCCCGUAAGCCAAAGGUUUGACUUAAAUUCAUUGAUCGACUCAAGUUUAGGACACCCCGUAUGUUCGAUUUUAAUUCAUAAAAAAGAAAAGGUAUAUUGUAGAUUUAAAUUUGAACCUUGGAGGAAGUGGAUAUCACCCAAUCUAUUUAUGCAAUGGUUGGAUGAAGAUGGAAAUCGAUUUUUAUUGGCAGGAAAUGAUAGCAUUCAGAUAUACAAAACAAAACCAAAAGGUCAAAUUCUGAAAGUUGAAUUACAAUAUAUAUGGACGGUUCCAUAUUAUAAAGAAGCUGAUAUCAAGUACAUGUCCUUGGAAAUUUUGAAACCUCUGCAAGAUGAUGGAAACGAUGAUCAUGAGCCAUCUUAUCGUCUUAAAGUGCAACUUACGAAUUCUGAGACAAUAAUUAUUUCACUUCCAGAGGCAAAUGAUAAGUUUACAUAUCAAAUUUUAAUAGAUGCAUGCAUGUCCGCCAAUCUUAUGCGUCUACUUUUUGGUGAAGAUCCAUCAUACGUCUCGCGUUUUGAUAUUCAUGCUCAAUUAAAAAAAUUAAUUCAAAAUUCAAUCGAUAAAUUUCCUUCGGCAUUUAAUAAAAUAUCUUUGGGCGAUGGUCAAUACAUAUAUCCCAUGGAAGACUUUAUAUUAUUUGAAUGGGAUGACAUAGUCACAGCAAUUUUAAACAACGAAAAAUAUAUUCCAUUAUUUCAUAAUGACGAACAAACUGAAAGUGCUUUAGCUUUGUUGAUUGAACUUCAAAAAUCUGAUCUUCUUGAUCAGUUGAUUUCUUAUAUAAUACGUCACGUACGUGAUAGUUAUACACCACCGAAUAGUAACUCGAAACCUUCAUCAGUCAUUUCAGUGCAAGAUAUUUCAAGAGCGAGAAUUCAACAACCCGGAUUCGCAUGGACAGUCGGAGCUGCGUUAUUAGAUUUAUAUCGAUAUUAUCCGGAUAAAGGUUCUAAAAUAUUGAGAGAAUGGAGUCAUCUUACAACUUCUUUGGAGACACCCACUCGAAUUUUACGAACGAAGUUAGGAAAUCCAUUGAAAAUUGAAGAAAGGAGCUUUCAUCCAGAGUUAAAAACUGUCUCUCGAGAUGCACAUCUACCAAAAGAGAAUUCAGUUCAUCAAUCAAUAUGGAAAUUGAUAGUUGCCAAAAUGUUUUGUAAUAUAUUCCAUAAAAGAAAUGCUACUAUUAUCUCCACAACCACAACCACAACCGCUACUUUUGCACCAUCUGAUAGAUUCAAUGCUGGUUCAUCAGUGUUCACUAUAAAUGUUAUUGGUGACGAUAAAAAAGAUUUUCAACAAAUUCAUGUGCAUCGAAAACGUCAACGUCAACAACGAUUAAACAAUGUUCAGAAAUCUCACCCUGCAAAACUUUGCGUCGUUCCAUUGCCAGAUUUUUGUGUCUAUCCUGCACCCCCAGAGAUUAAUAAGAAUUCUUCUAUUCAAGAAUACAUAAAAAGACUUUGGGCAACAUACGUUUCGCCUAAGAGACUUAGUCCUUAUGCUGAAGCCGCAAUACACGGACCGUUAGAAAUGUUUAAAAUUCGUCAAAUGCUGGGCCGGUGGAAAAACUAUUGGAUGAGCUUUGCUAAUUAUUUAGAUUUGGCAAGCUUUGGCCUACCGUUAAUUACUUGUUCAUUUGCGAUUAGUGGACAUGAACCAAGUGAUAUAUUAAAAAGUUAUGCAACCUUGUUAGUUUGGAUCAAUGCGCUUUUUCUAUCACGAGCAUUCGCUGGUACAGGGAAAUUUAUUUCUAUAGUUUUAGAAAUUUUAAAAGAAAUUAAAAUGUUAGUCCUAACUUUAGCAUUUAUGGUUGUCGGCUUUGCAAAUGCAUUGUUUGUACUUCUUCGAAAUAAUGAAGGAGUAACGGUCUCAAAUUUUACUGGUACUUUAACGAAUACAACUAGUAAUGAAAUAAUUGGCAAAUUAGAUCUCGGUCAAUCACCAAAUGUAUGGUGGACAUAUUUCCCUUGGUCAAUAUUCUCUACAUACAAAUUUUUGGGUAUAGGAUGGGAUGGUUUAUCAGUUUAUGAUCCAGAAUGGGCGGGGCUUUGCAUGAUGGUACUGUUCAGUUUAAUAAUCGAAGUAUUUAAUGCGUCUCUUAGAAAGGGUCGUCAAGCUUGGCUACGUCAACGAGCCCAAGUAAUUGCAGAAAUCGAAUUAUAUUUCCUUACACCUUCACAACGUUAUCAUGCAGAAUGGUUUCCUCACUUAAUAUACUAUGAAAGUCAUUUAGAUUCCGUUCAAGGAUGGAGACAACAAUUAUACCGAGAUGCAUUGGGUGAGGUUAAUGUUGAAUUCAUUAAGAAUGAAUUAAAGGAAGUGAAAUCUGAUAUGAUUGGUGAACUGAAAGAAGUAAAAGGAAUAGUUGGACAAAUUAGAAUUCUCGUAAACCUUGAAAGUGGCGAAACUUAG